AUGACGGAACAAUGUGGUUAUGACAAGGAAUCUGUGGUAUUUUGGCACAAGUAUGGUUUAAACUCUUAUAUGGUUCGAUUAGUUGGGAGUAAUAUGGAAACCGCUAAAGUUGGUACUUGCAUUCCAAAGGACAGAGUAGUUGAGAUAUAUUUUGAACAUUUGAAUUUUUAUCAUGAUGAUAAUCAAUGUGGAAAUGAGAUGAAAAAUAAUUCUUUGCUGGCAAAUGACACAGAGGCACACAGUGAUGAAUUUGACGAUGAAGAUUUUAAUGAUUCUGACUAUUCUUUGGAGGAGGAUGAUUUGUUAUUUUUAAAAAAUGUUGAUCCUUCUGUUGAAUCUUUUGGGAUCAAUAUAACUGUGAAAAAUAAGAAAAAUGAUGGAAAUCAAAAUUAUGUAAGUGAAGAGAUGCAUAGAAAGAUGCAGAAUGAGGAGGGUGACUCAGAUUGUGUAGAUUUUGAUGAUACAAAGAGUUUGAAUAGUGAUUGCGAUUCUGAAUUUGAAGAUUGUAACUUUCCAAAGCAUAACCCAAAAAUAGGUGCCUUUAAUCCUAAAUUAGAGCUGGGAAUGGUAUUUGAUAACAAAAAGGAAUUCAAGGAAGCCGUGGUUGCAAAUCAAGCCAAAAUAGGAAAGUCAAUUCGGUGGACCAAAGAUGACAGAGAAAGAGCUAGGGCCAAAUGCAGAACUAAUGCUUGUAAGUGGAGGAUAUUGGGAUCACUAAUGCAAAGGGAUAUAUCUACUUUUCAAAUCAAGACGUUUGUUUCCGAGCAUACUUGUUUUGGGUGGAACUAUAACAACAAAACCAUCAAUUCUAGUUGGAUUGCAAGGAAGUAUGUUGAUAGAGUUAAAUCAAAUAAGAACUGGAGAACAUCAGAAUUCAGAGAUACAUUGAGUAGGGAAUUAAAGUUGCAUGUGAGUAUGCAUCAAGCAAGAAGGGCAAAGGAAAAAGCUAUUGCAAUGAUCGAUGGAGAUAUAAAUGAUCAGUUUGGUAUAUUAUGGAAUUAUUGCAAUGAAAUUGUUCGAACUAAUCCUGGAACUUCUGUUUUCAUGAAACUAACUCCAAAUGAGAUUCUGAAUAAGCCAAUGAGAUUUCAGAGGUUUUAUAUUUGUUUUGCAGCUUGUAAAGCAGGAUUUAAGGCUGGUUGUCGAAAGAUUAUUGGGGUCGAUGGAUGUUGGCUGAAGAAUACUAUGUAUGGGGCACAAUUGCUAUCAGCUGUUACUUUGGAUGGAAACAAUAACAUCUUUCCAAUAGCUUAUGCAAUAGUCGAGAAAGAAAAUAAGGAAAUAUGGCAAUGGUUCUUAACCUACUUGAUGAAUGAUCUUGAGAUUGAAGAGCAAUACUUGUGGACUUUUAUGUCAGAUAAGCAAAAAGGGCUCAUUGAAGCUUUUGAUUUAGUGUUGCCUGGUGUUUCUCAUAGAUUUUGUGUGCGACAUUUGCAUAACAAUUUCAAGAGAGCUGGAUAUUCUGGAAUGGCUUUAAAAAAUGCUCUUUGGAAGGCAGCUUCAGCAACAACUAUUGACAGGUUUGAUGCUUGUAUGAUUGAUUUGGUUGAAUUAGAUAAAGAUGCUUAUGCAUGGCUUUCUGCUAAAGUGCCUAGUGAAUGGUCAAGAUCACAUUUCUCGCCUCUUCCUAAAUGUGACAUUCUUUUGAACAACCAAUGUGAGGUUUUUAAUAAGUUUAUUCUUGAUGCAAGAGAUAAACCAAUUGUUAAACUUUUGGAGACCAUUAGGCACUUACUCAUGACAAGAAUUAAUUCUAAUAGGGAGAAAGCUGAAAAAUGGAACUUGAAUGAUAUUUGUCCUACUAUUAAGAAGAAGUUAGCCAAAACUAUGAAGAAAGCUGCUAUUUAUAUUCCCCAAAGGUCGAACAUGUGGAACUAUGAGGUAAUUGGGCCGGUCGAAGGUGAUAAUUGGGCUGUUGACUUAUAUAACAGAACCUGUAGUUGUAGGCAAUGGGAAUUAUCAGGAGUUCCUUGUAAACAUGCUAUAUCCUCGAUUUGGUUGAAAAAUGAUGAGGUUUUAAACUAUGUUGAUGAUUGCUACAAGGUUGAUACAUAUCGAAAAAUUUAUGAAGCUUCAAUAUUGCCCAUGAAUGGCCCUGAUUUAUGGCCUAAGUCACUGAAUCCUCCACCAUUUCCACCGUCUUACUUGAAUAAUAAGAAGAAAGGAAAGAAACAAAAAUUAAGAAGGAAAGAAGAUGAUGAGCCAGGGGCUAGCAGGAUGAAGUUAAAACGGAAACAAAAAUCAGUUGAUUUUUCUCCUCAGAUGAUAUUGAAAUUCUUCCGUUGA